AUGAUCCGAAAUUUUGUCUUAUUAUUCGUUUUUUUGGCCGCACUUUCUAUGGUCAAUGCUUUUCAAUCCCAACUGGUUAAAAGGCAGGCUUCAUUUGGGAGAUGUCCGCUUCCAGUACCUCAAGAUAUUCCAAUAAUUACUAACAUAACACUUAAUCCUGAUCCUCCAAUUGCUGAUUCUCAGGUCGAGGUUAAAGGUUCAGCAAUGACCAAUAAUGAUAUUGUUAAUGACACUUUCUUCACUUUUGUAAUUUUCAACGAAUCUAUAACCAUAUUCGCCAAACCUACAAAUAUUUGCAAUCCAUUUAGGUGUCCAACUAAAACCAUAUCCGCCAAACCUACAGACAUUUGCGAUCCAAUUAAGUGUCCAACUAAAGUGUUUAAUUUUGACAUUAAAUAUUAUUUAGACGUAGGAUUUUUUCCUUCAUCAUACACCAUUUUGGUUUUAAUUGGACCUCAGAGUCCUACAAUAAAUGAUAC